GCCGCUCCCUCACGGCGCAUGCGCGCGGGGCUCCCGUCAGCGCCGGGGCAGGGAGGGCCGGCGGCGGUUGGUGGCGGCGGUGGCCGGAGGCGCGCGCGCGGCGCGGCCCGUUGCCCCCCGCGCUGACGUCGCGCGGCGGGCAGCUGGUUGAAAAGCAGGAGACUCUCUCGUCAGGUUAGGAAGCUAAUUGUGGAGGUCUUCACGCAGUAACUCUUGUCCUUCGGUCACUUUGCAUAGAGUGAGGUUACAGAGCAGUGAAUUUAAACGGCUGCAGUGAAUAUUAGUGCCAACACCCAAGCGAGCUCUUCAGCAUCUGUGUGUUAACAUAACCUGUUUGCAGACACUGGCUUUAUGAGAUGCCCGCUGAGCAUUGUCCUUCUUGGCUAGCCUGUUCACAAGUCGUCUGUAUAACCUAACUUUUGUUCCUGCUCUGCUUUCUGCAUAAAAGGGAUGACAGGAAUGGAGACUGAAGCUGCAAGAGACAAAGCCAUGGAAGAGGAAAGCACUGAACAGAAGAAAGAGAGGGAGAAAAAGAAGAGGUCAAGGGUUAAACAGGUGCUUGCAGAUAUAGCAAAACAAGUGGAUUUCUGGUUUGGCGAUGUUAAUCUCCACAAAGAUAGAUUUCUUCGGGAACAAAUAGAAAAGUCCAGAGAUGGAUAUGUUGACAUAUCACUUCUUGUAUCUUUCAACAAAAUGAAAAAAUUAACUACUGAUGGAAAAUUGAUAGCUCGAGCAGUUAAAAGUUCAUCUGUUGUAGAGUUGGAUUUAGAAGGAACUAGGAUUAGAAGACGACAGCCACUGGGUGAGCAACCAAAGGAUGUGGAUAGUCGUACAGUCUAUGUGGAGCUGCUUCCCAAAAAUGUUAAUCACAGUUGGAUUGAGCGGGUGUUUGGGAAGUGUGGCAAUGUAGUUUACGUCAGUAUACCAAGGUAUAAAUCUACUGGUGAUCCAAAGGGAUUUGCUUUUGUUGAAUUUGAAACAAAAGAGCAAGCAGAGAAAGCUAUUGAGUUUUUGAAUAAUCCACCAGAAGAAGCACCACGGAAACCUGGUAUUUUCCCCAAAACAGUAAAAAAUAAGCCGGUUCCUGCACUGAAUACAAGUAACAGCAGUGUUGUAGAAGAGAAGAAAAAGAAGAAAAAAAAGAAAUCCAAAAUUAAGAAAGAGAGCAAUACACAGGCAGCUGUAGAGACAAAGGAAUCAAACAUGAACACUACAACAGAACAAGUGCCCAAGUCAAAAAGACAUAGGACUUCAUCAGAGUGUUCAGAAAUGGGGGGUACUGAGGUUCACAGGCAGCCCUCAAAGAGAGAGAAAAGGAAAUGGGACAGAGCAGAAAGCACAGAGGUACCUGUGGAAAGCAGGCCAGGAAAGAGAAAAAGAAGUAGCUCUGGAGAUGCUGAGACACCAAUUGCAAAAGUCAAGAAGACUGUUCAGAAGGUUCAAGUUCAUCCUAUAAAACAAGAAACAGAAGCUCCAAAAGAUUCCAAUGAAGUCACUGCAGAAGAUAAGGAUGGUGAUAAAAAAGACACAUCCCUUUCAAAAUCUAAAAGGAAACAUAAGAAAAAACACAAAGAAAGACACAAGAUGGGUGAAGAAGUCAUUCCACUCAGAGUACUGUCAAAGACCGAAUGGAUGGAUUUGAAACAAGAAUAUUUGGCUCUUCAAAAAGCCAGUAUGGCCUCCUUAAAGAAAACAAUGUCUCAAAUCAAACCUGAGCCUGUGGGAGAGAUGGAAACGGAUGGUUGUACACAGAAAAAGCCUCAGUCAAAAAAUGUCAAAUCCACCAGUGAAGAUUCUGCCCCUCCUGUCAAGGCUAACACAAUGGGGCCCCAGUUUGUGAGUGGUGUAAUUGUGAAGAUCAUUAGCACAGAGCCCCUGCCGGGCAGGAAGCAGAUCAAGGAUGCUUUGGCGCUGCUGGCUGAUGUCGCCUAUGUAGACAUGCUGGAGGGAGACACUGAGUGUCAUGUCCGGUUUAAUACUCCUGAGGAUGCACAGACUGUCAUGAAAUCACACAAAGAAAUACAGAUAAAAAACAACUGGAAAUAUGAAGUUCUCACUGGUGAUAAUGAACAACGUUACUGGCAGAAGAUUUUAGUGGACAGACAAGCUAAGCUUAACCAGCCUCGAGAAAAGAAGCGGGGUACUGGAGAAGCUGAUUGCCAAAGCCGAAAGAAUGAGACUUGAAAAGACUCAACAGACAAGUAAGCAUAUUCGCUUCUCUGAAGAUAACUAACCAAGACUGACUGUAAUCUUGAAAGUGAACCAGGGGGUUU